AUGAAUCAAUUUGAUACAUAUGACAGUGGCGCUAUCAAUCCGCAGGAUCAAUACGACCCUCGUGUUGCUCAAGUUUUACGAGGAAAGAAUUUCUUGGAUGCAGAACCACUUUCGAAUGCGGAGGUAGAGUCCAUUUUGGAAGAGCGAGUUAAUUACCUUCAACGUUCGAAUUAUGCAGUUCCAAGUACGAUUGCAGAUACUUUGAAAGACUUGAGUGAUGUGCUGAGAAACAUGGAUACUGCUUAUGAUCACGCAGGAACACAAAGCAGAAAAGAGAAACUGGAAAGUCUUGUUUUUGAUGGUGAUAAAGGUCCUAUGAAACUGGACCCCGUUGAAGUGUGCCAAAUUUUAAACUUGAACCCGAGAUCAAUUCUCGAGUUGAUGUCGUAUUUACCAACUCUCAAGCGUUUUAGUGAAUAUGAUCUUUCUCGCAUCCUUGAUGAAUAGUGUUGUUAUAU